GACUUACGUUUAAUUGGGGAGCCCUUCUGGGCUGGUCUGCCAUCAGAGGGUCCUGUGAGUGGUCUGUGUGUUUGCCCUUGUACUUUGCUGGAGUAAUGUGGACGCUGGUGUAUGAUACCAUCUAUGCACACCAGGACAAGAGGGACGACGUGGUGGUCGGCGUGAAGUCGACGGCGCUGCGGCUGGCGGGGCACACCAAGCCCUGGCUGGCUGGCUUCAGCCUGGCCAUGCUGCUGGGCAUGGGCCUGGCAGGGCUCAGCUGCCACCAGACCCUCCCCUACUACGCGGCGGUGGCAGCGGCGGGGGCUCACCUCGCGCGCCAGAUUUACACAUUGGACAUAGACAAUCCUGAAGACUGCUGGAAGAAAUUUGUUUCUAAUCGUACCAUAGGAGUCCUGCUCUUCACAGGGAUCGUGCUUGGGAAUCUGUGGAAACCAAAAGUUUCAAAAAAUGUAGAAGAGCCUUUAGAAAACAG